AUUUCCAACCUCACCAACCAAAAAAUGUCAUCUAAAUAUUCCAAUUAAUAUUUAAGCCUAUAUUAUUCCUUUACCAUCAAUUUCCUUUCUGUUACUCUCAUUUUCCUCUUUCCAAAGUCCAUAAUUUUCUCCUAUCUUUGUGCUUUGCUUAUAUUCACGUAUCAGGUACAUAACGAUAUUGUUUUUGGAGUUGAUUGAGCGAUUGAUUUGAAUAAGUCGAUUGCUCUCUUACAUAUAUAAAAUUCGCUCUUUCUUUGGGAGAGUUGAGUCAGAUCGCAGUUUGUUUGAAAGAAGAAAGAUGGCGGAGGAACAAAGGAUGCAAGAAGUAGGAGGGCAUAGGCUAUGUGCUAAUAAUUGUGGCUUCUUUGGUAGCCCUACAACUUUGAACCUUUGUUCCAAAUGCUAUAAUGAUCAUUGCAUGAAAGAACAACAAUCGCGAACUGCGCAACUUGCAAUGCAAAAGACUCGUCCCCAACAACAACAACAACAACAACUUCCGUCUGAAUCAAUGUCUACGUACAUGCCUUGCACAAAGCCAUUGCCAAUUCUUGAAGUCACACAACCACGAGAGACUGAUGUUGCAACUGGAGCCCCUGAUAAGGUGCAGUUGGAUAUUGCAGCUGAGGUCCCUCAUUUACAGUUGGAUACUGUAGCUGGAGCCUCUGAUCAGGUGCGGUUGAAUAUUCUAGCUGAGACCCUUGAUCAGGUGCAAUUGAGUACUGCACCCGAUCAGGCCCCACAAGCGCAGUCAAAUCGUUGUGCCACGUGUAGGAAGCGAGUUGGUCUAACGGGGUUCAAGUGUAGGUGUGGGGUCACAUUUUGUGGUUCACAUAGGUACCCUGAGCAUCAUGGUUGUACCUUUGACUAUAAGUCAAUGGGAAAGGUGGCAAUUGCCAUGGCUAAUCCAUUGGUUAAGGGUGAAAAGAUUCACAAAAUUUGACAAUAAUUAAUUAAGGAGAAUCAACUUGCACCAUUUGAUCCAUGAACUGGUUGAUCCAACGGCCAAGAUUGUCGUUUUGGUGAUGAUCAUGGAUGAUGAUGAUGAUGAUUAUAAUUUGCUAACCACAAGUUGGUGGAUGGACAUUGAUUAUAUAUUUUUCUUUUGCACAUUCUGUGAAACUUGCCUUCUUUAAUAAUGUAAGUUAGGGUAUAUUUUAUUGUUACUUUAAUAAUUAUGUAUUGUAGGACAUUUAAUUUC